AUGAAUUCACGGAGCUGUCAGUCACCGAGAUCAAUGGUGCCUGGCACGGGAACGAUUCUGCGCCGUUUGUAUCUUCCUGUGCCAACAAUGGAUGUUGUAGGCUGCACUUCGCUCCUGGUACACAUCUCGCUAACUCUGGCGGCGAUGUACCUGCUGUUCUGGGCAUUUAAACGCAAGCAUCCGGAGGCGCCUCCGUGCAUAGGCAGCUGGAUACCCUGGAUCGGCGCUUCUUUCCGCUUUGGAAAAGCGCCGCUUGAAUUUAUCGAACAAGCCCGAGCGCAGUAUGGAGCAGUAUUUACUGUGGUUACUGUUGGGAAGCGACUGACCUUUGUUACAGAAGAAGAGGAUAUUGAGCUAUUCUUUAAAUCUAAGAAUGUUGACUUUCAAGAAGCAGUACAGGAGGCUGUCUGGCGUACUGCUUCUAUAAGUAGGAAGAGUUUUACAAGGAGCCACACAGCUGUACAUGAUAUGAUAAAAUGGAGAUUGGCUCCAUCAAGAUUGCAUCUCUUCUGCAGUAACCUAUCUAAGGAAUUCAACGAAUGUCUCAUGCACCUUGGAACCAAAGGCACUGAUGACUUGUAUGACCUUGUCUGGCAUGGAAUGUAUUCUGCAGUGGUGAACAACUUGUUUGGAAAAGGUGUAUGUCCCACUGAUAGGAACACAGUUAAAGAGUUUGAGGACCACUUCCAGAAGUUUGAUAGAAGUUUUGAAUUUGGUUCCCAGUUACCAGAAUUUUUACUAAGAGACUGGUCUAAAUCGAAGCACUGGCUUCUGUCUCUCUUUGAAAGUAUUGUAGCCAAGGUUGGAAAGGUAAAGCCAACAGACGAUGACUCAAAGACUUUGUUGCAGCACCUUCUUGAUACUUUGGACGGGAAUUGUACUGCUAAUUACAGUUUACUGAUGCUCUGGGCUUCUCAAGCCAAUGCACUUCCAAUCACAUUCUGGACCCUUGCGUUUAUUAUUUCAAGCCCACUUGUUUACAAGACCAUUAUGAAAGAACUCUGUUCAUUUUUUAAUAAUCAAGCAAAUAAAAAGAUUGAAAUGGAAGUCGCUGAUCUACAAAAGCUCCCAUACUUGAAGUGUUGCAUUCUAGAGACACUUCGUUUACGAGCACCAGGAGUUAUAACUAGAAAAGUGAUGCAACCUCUGAAAAUUAAAAAUUACAUUAUUCCUUCUGGAGACAUGCUCAUGUUGUCGCUUUACUGGGCACACAGAAAUCCCAAAUAUUUUCCUGAACCGGAAAAGUUUCUUCCCGAUCGAUGGAAGGACGCAGUCACAGAAAGGCAAGUUUUUUUGGAUGGCUUCAUGGCUUUUGGUGGAGGCAGAUAUCAGUGUCCAGGAAGAUGGUUUGCAUUGAUGGAGAUCCAAAUGUUUGCUGCUCUGAUGCUUUACAAGUACGAGUUUACUCUCUUGGAUCCUGUCCCAAAAGAGAGUCCUUUUCAUUUAGUAGGAACGCAGCAGCCACUGGGUCCUUGCGAAGUUGAGUAUAAAUCCCGAUGACUGCUGCUGUGCCCAGUGCAAGAACUGCAGUCAAUGGUACUUUUGAUGUUUAAAAAUAAGUUUUUCCUCUGUGUAAUAUAAAUGCAAUAACUAAGAACGUAUGUGAUCUAUUCUCCAGAUUAUGUGUAUGUUAGAAGUAAUUACCACAGAACAACAGUUUGAUAAUGGAAAAAGGCAAUCUUGUUCAGCAAGAGGAUUAGUAAAGACUAUAAGGAAGUUUGGGAGAAAUGGAUCAAUAUGGCACUUCUCCAAGCAGAGUAGCUCAUACAAUAUGAGGAUUGGGAAACAAAGGGAGAAUGGAUUAAGAACAUCUUCUAAUACUACAUUUGAGAUGCAGCAUCACAAACAAGGCUGGUCAAAGUGGAUCACUACUUUGUACACACUAAUAGCAACAAUGCAGAGUUCUUACAUGGGGAUGGCAAAUGAGAUGAUACAUAACUGGAAUUGAGCCACACACAAGCCCAGAAAUUCUGUUUGGGACAAUAUUUUGAGCUAUAUGGAGGUAUGUGUCCAAAGUUCUAUUCUAUCUCAAUUGGAUACAAUGCAUGUAGAGCUUGGUCCUGGACAACACACGCCUUCAAAUCUGCAACCUCUUGCACAGUUAUCACUAAAAUUACCUUUGUUACAAUCUCCCCAUUUAUAGUGGACUUUCAAACUUAACUCUAUUGUGUCUCAUCUAACAUUGUUUUGUGUGUCAAAUGUUGAUUAAGUUGCUGUGAGAGACUCUAAAUAAAUGCAACUUACAGUUGACACUUAAGGAAGACAAAUCCUAUGCACUGAGUUGUUUUCAGAUCAUUGGGACAGUUUGCUGUUGUGAUACUCUUCCUUCAAUAAGAUAUAGAAUAUGACAAAAUAAAAUUAAAAUCUUAAUAAGGGGUCACUGAGAGCCAAUCUUAUAAAUUAAGUACAAAGAAUACAGCAGGUGAACUGGUAGUUACUGUCUAUACCACUAUUCCAAUUUGUUCAGUGUUCCUUUGAGACAUUAAUAAAACUAAAAAAAACUAUGAGACAAGGAUGCAGAAAAAUCAUUUCAAGUUAUUUAUUUAAUUAUUUUACAAACUGCAAGUGCUGCUGACAAGGCCAGUACUUAAUGCUCAAUCUUAAUUGAAAAACUGUAAGGGGGGGGGGGCCUUCUUGAAAUGCUCCUGUCCUUCUGGUGUAAGUACUCUCUCUGUGCUCCUGAUUUAAAAACUCUUGGGAAUGAUGUUGACCAAGUAGAUAAAAUGACAAUGUGCGAGCAAUUUAUAGUUGGUCACUAGGAUGAGUGUAUCCCAAAGAAACUAUGGAAAGGGAUAAGAUUAUUCCAAGAAUCAUGAACAGUAUAUUCUCAGACAAUCACAUUCAUGGGGAGUAGGAGAUGCCAGUUGUCUGGAUGUGCCAAUUCAAUGAGAAAUGAUCAAAGAAAAAGUACUGUACAUCACCUUUUAAUAUUCCAUGCAAA